AUGGAACAUCUCCUGCACCAGACGGACAUCAAUAGUGCCGUCCGCAUUCUUCAAAUUCAGCGCAACGACACAAGAGAUGCCAGGGCUGCGCAUAUCACCACCUCUGGCUCGAUCCAGUCAGACGUCAGCAUUGCCUUCCAGUUGCAACCCGACGAGCUCAACACCGUCGACACGACCCUUCGCUCCAACGCCUGGACAAUCCACAAAGGCAAGGCACGACUGCCUUUCGACACUCCACUCAUUCUUUGCGAGACGUGCGAAGAAAACAAAAUCUGGUUCACCGUCUUCAAUGCUCCCUGCGGCCAUCGCUACUGCUCCGAAUGUCUCACAACUCUCUUCGACCUCUGCACCAGAGAUGAAGAAGUGUAUCCACCUCGCUGCUGCACACAAGUCAGCCCACUCCAGCUUGUCCGUCAAGGACUCAGCUCUGAGCUCAUAGAAGACUUUGUCAAGAAGAGCGUCGAGUGGAAGACCAAGGACAGGACCUACUGCUACGGCACGACUUGCUCAGCUGGCAGCGUUGUUACUCUUGCAGCCGAGUCGUCGCGCUCUCCACAGGCUGAAAUCACAUCACCUGUCAUUGUGGUGCAGAGUUCUGCUACGUUUGUGGCGCUGUCUGAAUACCUCGGUCGUGCGAAUGCGGUUUGGGUCAUGACUACAUGCUCGAGGGAAGACGCAGACCAGCGAACCUACCACCCGAUCUCAACCGCAGACUCUAUCGCCCUCCCCAAUCUAUCCUCGACCAGGUCGAUCCACUGCCUCAACUCUCCAGGAGGAUCCGCGAGGACUCUGCGAGAAUGCGCCAAGAACUCCGUGAAAGACUGGAUCAUCAAGACGUACUCCCCGGACUUCAGAGAUCGAACGCUGUCCGCCGUGCUCCCCGAUACACCGUUCCCUUCAUUCUUGAAGAGCCGCCCAUCCCAGAGGCAGCACCUCCAGCCCGCGACUUCUGGGCCGAGCUCGCCGCUGGAACACUACACCGUCGACACAGACCUGCCGCACAUCCAGCCCCUGUCCAAGCACCUUUGGCACCACCACUUGCCUAUGCCAACCAUCCGCGUCACCAUCGAGCUCGCCCAUCCACUCCACCCCACCGACGCUACGCCGUACCACCACUUCCACCUCUUGUAA